UUCUAACCUUGCCUGGCUCGUGAACUUGUGGAAUCGGAUGGUCUUGAGAUACACCAGAUUUACACUUGUUUGUUAUUUUAACGACACUCAAGCGCUGUCUAAUGUCUUUCAAGAAAUAUUUAAUUGUGUAAUAAGGAGACGAACGACCGAAAGGCAGCCGAGAAAAGGUAAAAGUUAAGAGAAAAAAAAAUCACCAUGUCGUUUAAAGACCACUUGGAAAUGAUAAGUCUGAACGAGUCACCUUCAAAGAAGGCUAAGUUCUGGCAGUCCUUCGUCAGAUCCCUAAAAGGAUCCGACGACUUGAGGGCCACCGAAUCGAUUUACUCACGCCGCGGGCUCUUCCGCCCCCUGAGCGACCUCCCCGAGCUCUCCUCCAGCUGGCCUUUCACCAAAUCCAUCUACGACGACCCCAGCGCCGCCGCGGAACGCAUCCACGUCCCCGGCUACAGAUACGACCCACUCCACAGGGACACCUACGGCUACUCACCCCGCGCCAUCUUCCCCCACAACUAUGGAACGCUCGACAGAUACCGGCCCGCUUUCCACAUUACAAAACCAAAACCUUUCGAUGCCGACAAGGCCUGGCAAGACCACGUAGACCGUGUCAAGGGACGUGAACCAACCCAAUGGCCCAGCAGCAUUUUCCAUACAAGCUACCCAUUCUCUCGCUACCCGUUGUAUCUCGUAUACAGCAAGAGACCACCCCCAGCUGCAGACAGAUACGAUCCCAACCGUUCUUUGCUCAGCCACUUGGACCGCCUCGCCGAGCUGGAUAAACUGUACCCGACUCUGUGGCCAUCCAUUGGAGACAGGCUCUCCCCAACACCACUCAAGCCUGGAAGAUACGCUCCCCGUCCUAGUGAAGUAGCAUUUAACUAUGCCGGACAACCGAUUUACUCCCCAAGUAAGAGUCUGUUCAAUGACCUCCUCAACCCCUCCCCCAGUCUCCCAAUCUCUGCUGUCACCCGUGACCCCUUCUGGUGGAACUCCCCCUUGAAACCCGCCUCCACAUUCAACCCCUGGGGCAGAUCCCCCUUCUUUCUCCGUGACUCUUACCUCUCCCCUGUCAAGAGGACGUUCCUGUGGGACAAACACCCCAUCAGGCCGUUCGCUGCCGUCUACUAAGUGCGAAAAAUAAGAAAAUCGAUGAAGCAACAUCGCAAAACAAUAUUUGAUGCGACUGACUGAACAAAACAAGCAGUGAAACAUUCGUUUAUAUUUAUUAAAACCAAUGUUUCAGUCAAGUGUUCAUUUUAAUUUAUUCUAUCUCUCAAAAAAAAAUACAUCUAUAUACAUAAAUAAAUAAUUAUUAUUAUACUCAAUUAAUGUGCCUUAAAUUAUACAAGAAAGUAAAAAGAUAAAAAAAUCUCGAUACUUUUGUAAAUACUUGUUUUCAAAUCAUCCUUUAAACGAUUUGGUAUAUGCUGUUUAUAAGCGUGUCUCGCAUUCCACCUUAUUUUGUCGUUUGAGGAUAAAUACAUUUUAUUAUGUCUCCAGUAGUGGCAUGUUAAAUAAACAAAUUAAUCCAGAA